AUGUCUCAAAAUCGUCAACCAAGAAAUCAACAACAGCAGACUACCACCGAAACAUCUCAAGAUUUGCCCCUCCGAUUAUCGGGAACCCUUCGAUUGCGGGGCGAAGAUGCUCCCAGCGUCACGCCAGAGCCAUCCUCCUCUCGACGCAUUAGAUGGAGCGAAGAUGUCGUAGAUAACGAGGGCAUGGGAAAGAAAAGUUCCAAAGUUUGCUGCAUCUACCACAAAGCUCGACCCGUGGGCGAGAGCAGCUCCGAAUCGGAGUCUUCCUCCAGUUCGUCCGAUUCAGACAGUGACAGUGAGAUAGACCGCCGCAGGGCCAGGCCCAAUAAUCAUUCUUCUCAUCCACGAGGACGGGGAUUGGCAGGGGAGGAGGGUGCAUCCGAUCAGUCGCAAGACCAAGCUUCAGCUGUCUGCCCUCAACAUCGCCAUCGCCAUUCCAAGCCCAAGAGGAAACCAAGCCCGAAUGCAUAUGAGAAGAUGCCCAGAUCAUCGAAGAAUUCAUCUCGCGGUACAUGA